AUGGGGCACCCAGACGAGAUUAACGCCCUCGAGGCGCAACCCGACUACAUUGACACCUCGGGAGAUUUUAAAGAAAGUGUAGAGGAUGAGCCGGUUCAGCUUCACAGAGAGCUCAAGGCUCGUCACAUUUCUAUGAUUGCCAUCGGUGGUGCAAUCGGCACUGGAUUGGUUGUUGGUACUGGCAGCGCUUUGACAGCCGGACCUGGAUCUUUGCUUAUUGCAUACUGCUUUAUGGGUUUCGUCGUUUGGACGGUCAUGUGUGGACUGGGUGAAAUGGCUGCUUGGCUACCAUUGUCUUCCGGUUUCACUGGUUACGCUGGCCGUUUCUGUGACCCUGCUCUCGGAUUCACCCUCGGAUGGUGCUACUACCUCAAAUAUAUUAUCCUACCACCUACCCAACUCACUGCCGCCGCUUUAGUCAUUACCUAUUGGCCGAAAACAUCGGCAGAGAAUGUCAAUCCUGGUGUUUGGAUUGCCAUCUUUAUGGUGGCAAUUAUCGUCAUCAAUUACUUCGGCGUCAAGAUUUUCGGUGAACUCGAGUUUUGGCUCUCAUCCUUCAAGGUGAUUGUCAUUCUGGGACUCAUUCUGUGCUCUUUCAUCUUUGCACUUGGUGGUGGUCCCGACCACGACAGGAGAGGUUUCCGUUACUGGAGUGAACCUGGCGCCUUCGCUACUAAAUACACCGGUGGUUCCCUUGGAAAAUUCCUUGCUUUCUGGUCGACCAUGGUGCAGGCCACCUUUGCAUUCCUCGGUACCGAACUUAUUGGUGUGACCGUCGGAGAGGCUCAGAACCCCCGGAAGACCAUCCCCAAAGCCAUCAAGCUCACCUUCUGGCGAAUUAUUGUGUUCUACAUUCUCAGCGUGCUCUUCCUCGGUAUGCUGGUUCCAUACAACUCUCCAGAUCUGGUCUUCGCAACCAAGGCCAAGAGCUCUGCUGCUGCCUCUCCUUUCGUGGUGGCAAUGAAGCAAGUCGCCGCUCUUCCUCACAUCAUCAACGGCUGUAUCCUGGUGUUUGUGUUUUCCGCCGCCAACUCCGAUCUGUACAUUGCGACUCGAACUCUGUACGGUCUUGCCCGCGAGAAGAAGGCCCCUAAAAUCUUUGCUCGCACAAACCGAGCUGGUGUCCCAAUCUAUGCUCUGGCACUAUCAUCCUCUUUCUGCUUGCUCGCCUUUAUGAGUGUCUCUAGUGGCUCCAAGGAUGUUUUCGGAUACUUCACCGACAUGGUGUCAAUCUUCGGGUUGCUGACAUGGAUCUCCCUCUUGAUUACUCACAUCUUCUUCAUCCGCGCCCGACGUGCACAGGGUGUCGACGAGGCAACACUGGCCUACAAGGCUCCCCUGGGAAUCAUCGGUUCCUGCGUUGCGCUGUUUUUCUGUGUCUUGGUGGUCUUCACUCGUAGCUUCGGUGUGUUUAUCCACAACCCGGAAAAAUACGGCAACUUUGACUACAAGACCUUCAUCACUUCAUACAUUGGAAUCCCCCUCUAUGUCAUGGCCUUUGCUGGGUGGAAGCUUUGGAAGAGGACUGAGAUUGUCAAGCCCCACAAUGCCGAUAUCUGGACUGGCAAGGCCGAAAUUGACCGCGAAGAGGCCGAAUACGUGGCUAUGAUGGCCAUCGAGGAACAGAACUUGUCUGGCUGGAAGAAGGUUUACAGAAAAAGUCUCGCGUGGCUUUUCUAG